AUGCCUGCAUUGAACGGCUUCUCCGACAAUGAGUUUCGCACUCGUACCGAUGUUUUACGGGCCGCAUUGGCUUUAUUGAAGCCAUUGGAGCAAUACAAAUCGCAGGAUCGAGCCCGCAUAAGGAUCGCAACUGCAACCGGAGCUGGAUUCAGCGAGACAUCUGCACAGCUUGAGGGUUUCGCGCGGCCAUUAUGGGUGGUUGCCGACCUGCUUCGAUUCCGGUCGGUUGACCCAGAUGCUGAGCUGAUACGAGCGGCGAGCAUCAACCUGGAUGAUUGGAUCGAUGGUCUCAAGGUGGGAACUGAUCCGAAUUCGGCAGAGUACUGGGGAGACCUGUCAGGUGUCGAUCAACGUAUGGUCGAGAUGGAGUCCAUAGCCUACACUUUGUUGCUCAAUCCGGAGACUUUGAGUUUUGCAGACGAUCCUGUGGCUCAAUCGAACGUGGUCAAAUGGUUGCGCAGUAUCAAUGACCAUCCAAUGCCCCAAAAUAAUUGGCUCUGGUUCCGGAUCUUUGUCAAUCUCGCUCUCGUACGCACAUUAGGUGUUCCAAUGAGCGAAGUAAAGGAACACAUUGAUGCAGCGCUGGCGACGCUUGAUUCAUUUUACAUAGGAGAGGGAUGGAGUAGUGAUGGGCUGUGGGGUGAUGCCAGAAAGCAGGUUGACUAUUAUUCGGGAAGCUUUGCGAUUCAGUUUGCUCAACUACUAUUUGUUAGAUUUGCCCCAGAUUAUGACCAAGCGAGAACAGCGCGAUACAAGAAGGAGGCUGGCCAGUUCGCAGAAGUGUAUUGGAGGUACUUCCACGAAAAUGGAGCUGCCAUACCAUUUGGAAGAAGUCUUACCUACAGAUUUGCAUUUGCUGCCUUCUGGGCUGCAGCAGCUGUCGCCGAGGUAGAUCUACCUUCGCCAGUAUCUAAUCUAGGGACUGUGAAAGGAAUGCUGUUGAGACAUCUACGGUGGUGGACGCGGCAUCCUCAUAUAUUCAAUACCGACGGCACCCUCAAUAUUGGGUUUUGUUACCCAAACAUGCACAUGUCAGAAAAUUACAACUCGCCGCAAUCAGUUUUCUGGUGUUUAAAGUCUUUUGUCGUCCUCGGUUUGCCUGACACACAUCCAUUCUGGACGAGCAAAGAGGAACCUCACCCACUUGAUGCAGACUCUCGGAACAACAGCCUCGCCCCUGUUGCAGUGCUACGACCACCAAGGCACAUUCUCUGCAAUACCCCAGAGCACCACUUUCUUCUCUCAUCUGGUCAAUCGACUCGUAACCGUUUCAAGGCUCGAGAAGCAAAGUACGCGAAGUUUGCGUACUCCUCUACCUUUGGGUUCAGCGUUCCUUCAGGACCAUUGCUCGAACAACAGGCACCGGACUCGACCCUCACAGUCAGCUUACCAGAUGAAGAUAUCUUAAAGGUUCGCUGGGCCCCCACUGAUUCACAAUGGGGAGAAGUGCGGGUAGGUGAUGAAACAGUUCCUACAAUGACGAGCACCUGGACACCACUGCAGAGUCUGGGCCUGGAUAUCACCACAACUCUCAUCUCUCCAGUCAACAGAUGGCCUGGCUGGCAUAUUAGAGUACAUAAAAUCAUACGCAAAAACGCAUCUGGAUACCAGAGUCCAGUCGUGGAGGUUAUAGAUGGCGGGUUUGCGAUAUCUGCACAGACUCCCGAAGGUCUAUCAAUCUUUGAAGACGAACUUCAGCCAAAGUAUGAAACUAACGAUGAGAAUUUGUCUAACGGGUGGUGGAACGACGGAAAAUCCUGUCUGAUCAUCUCCGAGUCGGGCGCGAGCGGUAUCGUAGACUUGACAGACGUUUUCGCUCCAAACGUGGAAUCCAGGUCUCGAGGCGAAAGCAAGAUCAUCAGAGCAGACCCGAAUACCAAUCUUAUGGCUCAGCGAACACUCAUCCCUACUAUCGAGCAUCACCCUGAAAUCUCGAUGAGUAAACAAGAGCAGAAUGUGGAGUGGGUUGUGAGCGGUGUUUUUGCGAUACAAGAGUCGGCUAUUGUACAUGGAAGAGGUGUCUGGAAGUUAUGGCAUGAUCGUCCUGUUGGUCAUCUGGGCCGGAAUAACGGUGGCAUUCACUUCGAUUAG